AUGGCGACUACAGGCCCUCGUUCAAAUGGCUCUUCUUCGAAAAGAAAAUCAAUGCGUCAAAAACAAGGUCGUCGCAAAUCCAACUUGAUAAAAAAGGCACGCGAAUAUAGUAGGUUGUGUGAAGCAGAUGUCUGCGUAGGGAUUCGCCUUCGGGAAACGGGCCAAGUGUUUAUCCUAUCGGCGGAUGUCUCGGGAUUUUGGGGAUUUCUUGGGUCACAACUAGCCUCCUAUUAUCCGACCCCAUUUUUAAUUACAGAUCAAGACCUGGAGAAGGCUGAAGAAGGCAUUAUGAGGAAACCAAGCGAGGCAAAUAUUCUAGCUUGA